AUGCAACUUUCUCCUCUAUAUGAGACUGAUCACCCGCGAAAUCCGAAUUACGAAAAAGACAUCGUUUACGUAAUGAAAUAUACCAAAUGGAUUUUAAAUCCAAUUGGGAUUUGGCCAGCGGUGUUAAAGGGUGUAGGUAAAUUUUUACCUACAAUCGCGAUAGGAUUCAACAAUUUAGCGUUAUUGUUCAUCGUGAUUCAGUGUGUGUUACAUAUUACUUUGGAGCAGAAAGAUCCAUUGCUGAGACUGAAGUUCUUAGGCUUGACCUGCUUUAUUUCUAUAUCAUUGAUGAAAUACUACGCUCUGACGAAGCAGAAAUCGAACAUCGAAUAUUGUAUUAAACAAGUGCAAAGCGAUUGGAAACAGGUAGAAUUACAAAAAGACCGAAAACUGAUGCUAAAAUACGGAAAGAUUAGUCGAUGUCUGACAAUGUGUAGUGUUGUAUUAAUAUACAGCGGAGGUCUGAUGUACAUCUCAAUUUUGCAGUAUACGAUUGGGUCUUAUGUCGAUGAAAAUAAUCGCACAAUCAAGUUGCUAGCCUACCCCACGUACAACGAUCUUUAUGACGUUCGAAGGAGUCCUAUAUACGAAAUUACAUAUGCUUUCCAAUGCGUUUGUGGAUAUGUAUUCGACACUAUAGCAGCAGGCUCCUGUGGAUUGGCUGCGCUUUUCAUAACUCACGCCUGCGGACAAAUUGAUAUCAUUAUUUCACGACUCAAUGAUUUGGUUGUUGGAAAAUUUUCAAAACACGAUUCUAACGCAAACGUACGAAUGACAGAAAUUGUUAAACAUCACAUAAGAAUUUUAAGAUUUUCUCAAAUGGUUGGGACAAUUUUGCAAGAAGUCUGCUUCUUAGAAUUCGUUGGUUCCACUUUCGUAAUAUGCUUACUCGAAUAUUUUUGCAUAGCAGACUGGAAACAGAAGAAUAGUAUUGGUGUGAUAUCAUAUCUGGUGUUAUUAACGUCGUUGAUGUUUAAUCUGUUCAUAUUGUGCUACACUGGAAAUCUCUUACUGGAUAAGAGCAGCAACAUCGGAGUAUUGUGCUUCAUGAUCGAGUGGUACAGUUUGCCAACUAAGACAAUUCAGAGUCUCGUCUUAGUCAUUGCCAUGUCAAAUAGUCCGCUGAAAAUUACUGCUGGUAGAAUAGUUGAUAUGUCCUUGCUUACUUUCGGGAACAUUAUGAAAACAUCAUUUGCGUACUUAAAUUUUAUCCAAACUACUAUCAUGUAA